AUGGUCGCCCAACUCUUCCCACCCCGCCAUGUCUACUUCCCCUCCACCCCCUCCCACACCUCCACCGUCAUCCUCCUACACGACACAAACAGCACAGGCGCCGAGCUGGCCGCCGCGCUGGCCGCCUCAACACCACCAGCAACAGAAACAGCGACAGCUGGAAAUUCCAAAUCUAUCUUCGAGCACUUCCCCUCCUGCCGCUGGGUGUUUCCCUCCGCUCAGCCCCGGCAGAUAGAUACCUGCUACGCAAGCAGGGGGGAUUGGAUCGAUGUCGAUGUCGACGUCGACGUCGACGCUGGUGCGAACGAAGACGCAGAUGCAAACGCGGACACAGACACAGGCGCAGAUUCUCCUCAACAAACACAACCACAGCUCAGCCCCUCCACAAAAGACGACGACGACGACGACGACAAAACCAAAGACCAAAACAAUGAUCUAAAAUCCUGCGUAGAGUACAUCCUGCAAAUAGUAGAAGAGGAAAUCAUCCGGCUGGGCGGGGACAGUCGUCGCGUGGUGCUGGGUGGGUUCGGGCAGGGGAUGGCCGUUGCGAUUGCUGCAUUGCUCGCUGCGCGGAGACGACUGGGUGGGUUUGUGGGUGUGAGCGGGUGGGUUCCUCUCCCGAAGAGGAUCGAGGGAUUAGGUGGUCGUGGCGGGGGGCUGCUUGUUGAAAAUGAGGCGAGGAUGGGAGGGCCAGGAGUGGAACGGGGUGAGGUUGAUUCUGAGGCCGAUUCGUUGCUGGAGACUCCGGUUCUUCUGAGCUACCUUGAGGAUGAUCCAUGUGUGGAUAUGUUGACGGUCUACGAGACAUUGAACCGCUUGGGGUUCGUCAAGGUGGUUUGGGAUGCUCGCCCAAGUUCACAGCAGGGCGAGGAUUGGCUCUUACAUUCGAACCAGCUAGAUACAAUUAUGGGUUUCUUGACAGAGGUGUUUGGUCAUGAGGGCAGCAUCUCUGCUAUGAUGAUAUGUUAUGAUACUCUACUUGAAGCAGCAGGCAGGCAAUCAUCUCCUAAAUAG